AUGGCCAUUCCAACAGAACAAGCACGUGAAGUACCAAAUGAACCUGUUGCCAUUAAAGAAACAAAUACUGGCGCAGCUGGAGCAGAGUCGAAUACUCAAACAGUAAACACUGGAGCUGAACCAAAACGGUCAGGAAAAGACUUGAAAGCUUUGAAAAAGGCCGAAAAGCAGGCCUCUAGGAAAGCGAGGGCUGAUCAACAAGGUGGUGGUAAAGAGAAAGGAAACAGCUCGGACGAUAAAAAGCAAGAUCAGAAUUCCAAAGGAGGAAGUCAGCCUAAAAAGUCUUCAAAACAAAAUGGCAAAGGAUCCCCUCCAGUCCUUAAAAAAGAAGAUCCAGCUGUCUUGGAACAAAGGUUUUUUGAAGAGAAACAGGUUUCAAUUUUCUCACACUUGGAUUGGCGGCGCCGUAGGACAACAGAGAACUUGCCCAAAGAUAUACAUCCUGCGGUUAUUCGUUUAGGAUUGAAAUUAUCAAAUUAUAAGGUCUUUGGUUCGAAUCAAAGAUGUAUAGAACUGCUUAAGACAUUUAAAAAGGUCAUCCGAGAUUACCAAACUCCAUUUAAAACGACUUUGAGCCGACACUUGACCACUCAUGUCAAUUCGCAAAUAGCUUAUUUGGUUUCUACUCGUCCCCUCAGUAUCAGCAUGGGUAGUGCCAUUCGAUUCCUCAAGCUUGAAAUUUCCGUGUUGGACAUUGAUUUGACGGAAGAAGAAGGCAAAGAAGUGUUAUUAGAAAAAAUUGAUAACUUUAUUCGUGACCGUAUCGUUAUCGCUGGCAAAGCCAUCGUUCAGGCUGCUGCCGAAAAAAUUCAGGAUGGCGAUAUUAUUUUGACUUAUCUGCACUCAUCUACGGUGAACGAUGUAUUAGUAUAUGCAAAAAAUAUUGGAAAACAAUUCCGUGUCAUCGUGGUAGAUUCCCGUCCGGAAUUUGAAGGAAGGGCUUGCUUGAAGCUAUUAACUAGUCAUGGAAUUCUUUGUACCUAUGUAAUGAUCUCGGCUUUAGCUUACACCAUGCAGGAAGUAACCAAAAUCUUUUUGGGUGGUCAUGCCAUGCUAUCAAAUGGUGCUCUUUAUUCUCGUGCCGGUACUUCUUUAAUUGCCCUGCUUGGUAAAGAAGCAAACGUUCCUGUCAUCGCUUGUUGCGAAUCGUAUAAAUUUACUGAACGCAUUCAGUUAGAUUCUUUAGUAUACAAUGAGCUUGCUCCAGGUGAUCAACUCAUCAAUACUUCAGUCGAUGAAAACCAAGAAAAGCCAAGCGAACUUUCCGAUUGGCAUUCCGUCAAAAAUUUGAAGCUUCUUAAUCUUAAAUACGAUGUGACUCCCCCUCGUUUAAUAACUGUUUGUGUCUGUGAAAUGGGUCUCCUCCCUUCAACGUCUGUACCAGCAAUCAUUAACGAGUUUAAACAAGUGUAUGCUUAA